GUUCAUCCAAGAUAUAAACUUACUUUUUUUUUUGUUGUUGUUGUUUAAAAAAUGGCGUCGGAACCUAGCACAAGACAAAAGCUACACAGUAUCCUGGAUGAUAUGGAGUUAAUUUCAAAAGAACUAAUUGAACAACUUGCUAUACCAAAAUCUCAAAGAAAAACUGAAGCUCCAGACAUGCCUGAUGCAACAGAUUUAAUGGAUGUACUUAUAGAGAAAGAUGGUGAACUAAAAGAUUUACUUAAAACUGCUGAAGAGCAAGAGAAAGUAGAAAAAGUUAUAGAUGGACUGCGGCAGGAAGUGAACAAAAGAGAUGGGGAGAUAAGGCAACUGCAGAGGGUGCUGAAAGAGGCAGAAACCAUUAUGGCAACUGCUGUCUACCAGGCUAAACAAAAAUUAGCUGCUAUUAGACAAGCACAACAGAAUAAAGUCCCAUCCGAAGACCUCAUCAAAUAUGCCCACAGAAUAAGUGCUAGCAAUGCAGUCUCAGCACCACCCACAUGGGGUCCAGGUGAUCCAAGAAGACCAUAUCCAACUGACUUAGAGAUGAGGCACAGUUGUCUUUCUAUGGGCCCUUAUUCAGACUCAUCCAGCUCAGUCUCAACACCACAAGUCAGGCUUUAUUCCCAAGAGUCUCAGUCUUCACAUCCUCACCAGCAUCACCCUCUGACACCACAGCAGCAGCAGAGCCUAGGGCUACACCACCACCAGCAGCCACACCACCAACAGCCUGGGAUGCUUCCAGCCUACUCCUGGCAGCCCUCGCAGGAGGGCCUCAUGUCCAUGCCCUCUCAUCACAGUGUGGUGGAGAGCUUGAGGGGCCACUCCAAGGAGGAGGAUGAUGUAGAGCUCAUGUCCAGUGACUCGUCCAGCAGCAGCAGCAGUGAUGAGUGAUGAGGGGGAAAAAGGGAUUGAAUGGAGGCAUGAAUCAGUUUGGGUUGAAAUGGUAAGCGAAGCUUUAAAUAUGAUUGUAUGUAUUAAUAUGUAAGAAGAAUUAUAGUGAUUAAGCAUUUGCCCAAAUAUAAAUGUAGCAAGCCAAGUCUUUUUUAAAAAUUGUGUAUUGACUUUGGCUUAAUUUUUUAUAUAUUGUUAGCUGGCAAUCAUAUGUCACUUGAAGAACAACAGGUCUUUGAUAUAAGAAAUUUACACAAAUCAUUCUUAACUAUGAUUAGUUCAAUAUGAUAAUCUAAAUGUUGAUAUGCUGUAGAGCUAUUUUCUCUUUUUUAUAAGUAAUUAAUACAAAUCAUCCUUAACUUAUAAUUAGAACAAUAUGAUUUCUAAAAGAGUAAAGAGUACCAGAAAGUGAAUUUGUAUUUUGACCUGCCCUUGUGCUAUCCUCUACAAAGGGGAAGUGACUAGAAAGUAUUUGGGCUCUGCUUCUGCAACUUUUACCUUCUCCUACAAAAGUGGCAAUGUUGAGUAGAGAACAGUUGGAGCUCACUGAGUAACUAAUGGACAUGUCUUCAGAUCAAGCAAGUAGAGCAUCAAGUCUAAACUUUGAUGAAACUGUACUACAAGACCAAUGGCAUGUGUUCAUAGUGUACAUAGCUUAUCAUUAAAUCAUUACAUUGUGUAUGUUGAUGCUUGUAAAAUAGUCAUUGGUAUGAAGUCUUCAUUUAUAUUAAAUGAAUGAUAUUUUUUGCUCAACAA